AUGGACCGGCUGCACUCGUCCAUGCGCAAGCGCCUGUAUAGCCACGGGGACGCGGCGGAGGAGGAGGGCGAGCAGGACGCGCGCAGGAAGAGCGUGAGGAUGAAGCAGCUGUUGCCCUCCGCCUCCCCGACUGGGAGCAGCGGAGAGAGAGAGAGAGCAGGAGGUGAACGCGGAGGUGGUGGAGGAGGUGGAGGUGGUGGUGGAGGAGGCGAGGUGGAGACGGACGUGGGCAGCAGAGCGUUCAGCAGGGCCAACGGAGACUGCCGGAGGUUCAGGGGCAGCAGCAGCACACCAGAGGGAGAUGCGGCCGAGCAGAGGCGCCUAAUAGCUGAGGAGGAGGCCAGCCCUGAGGAGGAGGACGAGGAGGAGCAGGAGGUGGAGAGGAGGGAGAGAGAGAGGAGGAAGAGAGAGAGGGACGAUGAGGAGGUGGUGGUGGAGGAGAGGGAGAGGGAGAGGACACCCAGCCUGGUGAAGUUGGAGAGUGGCGAGCAGAUGGAUGAGGAGAGACUGUACCAGGCCGGCUUCAUGCACAGGCAACUGGGUGCCAUGCUUCAGCCCGGGGUCAACAAGUUCUCCCUGCGCAUGUUCGGCAGCGAGAAGGCCGUGGAGAGGGAGCAGGAGAGGGUCAAAUCGGCCGGCUUCUGGAUCAUCCACCCCUACAGUGACUUCAGGUUCUACUGGGACCUGAUAAUGCUGCUCUUGAUGGUGGGAAAUCUGAUCAUCAUCCCAGUGGGCAUCACCUUCUUCAAGGACGAGCACACUCCAGCCUGGAUCGUCUUUAACGUGGUCUCUGACACCUUCUUCCUAGUGGACCUGGUCCUGAACUUCCGGACUGGUAUUGUGAAGGAGGACAGUACAGAGAUUAUUCUGGACCCUCAGCUGAUAAAGGUGAGGUACCUGCGGAGCUGGUUUGCUGUGGACUUCAUCUCCUCCAUCCCUGUGGAUUAUAUCUUCCUUAUUGUUGAGACACGGAUCGACUCAGACUUCUACAAGACGGCCAGAGCUCUGAGGAUCGUCCGCUUUACCAAAAUCCUCAGUCUGCUCAGACUGCUGCGACUGUCCCGCCUCAUCAGAUACAUACAUCAGUGGGAAGAGAUUUUCCACAUGACCUACGACCUGGCCAGCGCUAUGGUGCGUAUAGUCAACUUGAUUGGCAUGAUGCUGUUGCUGUGCCACUGGGACGGCUGCCUGCAGUUCCUCGUGCCCAUGCUGCAGGAUUUUCCUUCCGACUGCUGGGUUUCUAAAAACAAAAUGGUGAAUGAUACGUGGGGUCAGCAGUACUCUUAUGCUCUGUUUAAGGCCAUGAGCCACAUGCUGUGUAUUGGCUAUGGCAUGUACCCACCCGUAGGCAUGACGGACGUUUGGCUGACCAUCCUCAGCAUGAUCGUAGGUGCCACCUGCUACGCCAUGUUUGUGGGUCAUGCCACUGCCCUCAUUCAAUCACUGGACUCCUCACGAAGGCAAUACCAAGAGAAGUACAAACAGGUGGAGCAGUACAUGUCCUUCCACAAGCUUCCUGCAGACAUGCGCCAAAGGAUCCAUGACUACUACGAGCACCGUUACCAGGGCAAGAUGUUUGAUGAGGAGAGCAUUCUUGGGGAGCUGAAUGAGCCACUCAGAGAGGAGAUCAUCAGUUUUAACUGUCGAAAGCUGGUGGCCACCAUGCCCCUGUUCGCCAAUGCGGAUCCCAACUUUGUGACCUCCAUGCUAACCAAGUUACGCUUUGAGGUCUUCCAGCCGGGAGACUACAUCAUUCGAGAAGGCACUGUGGGCAAGAAGAUGUAUUUCAUCCAGCAUGGGGUGCUAACAGUUCUGACCAAGGGCAGCAAAGAAACAAAGAUUUCAGAUGGAUCUUACUUUGGAGAGAUCUGUUUGCUGACCCGGGGCAGGAGGACAGCCAGCGUGAGGGCAGAGACGUACUGCCGUUUGUACUCCCUGUCUGUGGACCACUUUAACGAAGUGCUGGAAGAGUACCCCAUGAUGCGGCGCGCCUUUGAGACCGUAGCUCUCGAUCGACUUGACCGCAUUGGAAAAAGAAACUCUGUUCUUCAGCACAAAGUGCAGCGGGAUCUCAACUCAGGUGUGCUGAACUACCAGGAGAACGAGAUCAUCCAGCAGAUCGUGCAGCAUGACAGAGACAUGGCUCACUGUGCCCACCUAAUGCAGACUCCACCUCCAGCUCCACAUAUACCUCCUUCCUCACACACCCCAGUCAUCUGGGCUCCUCUCAUCCAGGCUCCUCUCCAAGCUGCUGCUGCCACCACCUCAGUGGCCAUCGCCCUUACUCGCCACCCACAUCUGCCCCACACCCUCUUCCGACCUCCUGUGCCCUUGCUAAGUUCACUCAAAGACCCACCAGGUCAUCUGAAAAGGUUCCCCAUGCCAACUAUGGCUUCAGGUGCUUCCACAAUGGGUGGCACAUCUUCUGGAGCUAGUUCUCAGCUUGGCUCUGGUGUGGAAACCCCUAUUCUGGAUUCUCUCAGAGCCAAAAGUUCUGCAGCACCUCUUCCACCUUCUGCUUCCAGCUCCCUGCCGUCUUCUACCACAACCACAAUCACCACCACCACAUCCAGCAUCAGUGAUGCCUCCAUCUUAUCCCACAGGCCCCUAACCGCUUGUGUUUCUAGAGACUCUAGUGUGUCUCAGCUCCACACCCAACCUCAGUUUCCACCAGCUUCCUUCUCCAACAUCACUGCUCCACUGCCUGGCUUCUUCCAGCAGGGGGCAAUAGGUGGAGAAGCAGCUCACUUUGGCAUUCCCCCUGCUUCUACCCUCACCCCUUUGAUAGCCCACUCCAUUAGUCCUAUAUUGACCCAACUGCAGUCCACUCAGCCUAAUCCUCUUCAAAUCAAACGCAGUCAGGAGUUAAGCAAGCCAGUCAGGACAGCCACUCCAUCGCCAUCUACCGGCUCUCCACUUUGCUCAAAGAAUCUUUUAGAGCAGUCUUCCCCAAAACCCCAGACUCAGGACCCUCAGAGCAGUCUCCAGCCUGAUUAUCUCCCUCAGCUGUCCCAUGAACCAUCUGCCCUGGCUUCACUCGCCCAGUACAGGUCUGGAAGUGCCUCCCCGUGUAGUACCCCACCAGCCUGGAGCCCAUUAUCCCAGAGUCCACUGGUGCAAAGGAAGAGGACGCCCCUUCAUAGCAACCCCUCCAGCACCUCCGGAUCUCAAAGCUCUCUCCUGUCCCCUCAGACCCUCUGUCCACCACCCUCCCAGUCGCGAGAGAGGGGUGGGUCACUGGUUGAUCUCCCCUCUCAGGACGUCAGCACCAUCUCCAUUUCACUCCCUUCUCCACGACCUCUUGAGAGACCCAAACUGGUAAGACAAGUCUCCCAUGUCCCAGAUCAGUCCCAUCUUGUUUCAGCGUCAGUUUUCUCCAAGACCCCCUCGCCUACCCCUGUUACCAAACCUUACAGUUCAAUACCAGGCCAUGUGGCCCUAUCUAGACAGACUUCAAAAGCGUCUAUAGUUCUUCAGACUGGUUCUUCUAGUGGCUCACCAGGCCCUGGGUCUAGAGACAGAUCCAGUCCAGGGACGCCAAGCUUACACCCCAAACUCCCAUCAAACUUAUGAAACCAGACUGUACCCUUGUCUACUGUACAGACUGCGUUUAUUUUUAUCAUCUAGUGAUAUCUAUGGACAAAAAAUAACUUUUAUGGCUGAGAAGAGGAUCU